CUGAGCGUGCCGGCGGUGAAUUGGUCUAGCAUCCCUGCGCAGGCAGUAUAGGGCAAAUAUAAAUGUAAAAUAGUAAUUUUAGUAAUAUUAAUUUGCAAAUAUGUGAUCCUGGAAAAAGAUUUCGGCGUUGGCUGCUUUGCAAUGAAGGACAGAAAAUAUGGCAGACUGGAUUUUGCGCUGCGCCUCUGUGGAAGACGGACCGAUAUAUUGAAAGAAAUAAUGCGGAAUAUUUCCCAACAUAGGUGUUAGCGCAAAAUAAUAAAAGAAUACAAAAUGAAGAAGCAAUUCAACCGGAUGCGACAGCUCGCCAACCAAACGGUGGGGAGGGCAGAAAAAACAGAGGUGCUGAGUGACGAUCUUCUACAGGUGGAGAAGCGUCUGGAUCUGGUCAAGCAGGUGACACACAGCACUCACAAGAAGCUAACAGCUUGCCUGCAGGGUCAGCAGGGGACUGACACUGAAAAGAGAUCUGUCAAGUCACCUUCUAAAAAACUGCCGCUUACAAUCUUGGCACAGUGCAUGGAGGAGGGUGCUGCAGUGUUGGGGGAUGACUCUCUCCUAGGAAAGAUGUUGAAGAUGUGUGGGGAGACGGAAGAAAAACUGGCACAGGAGCUCCUCCAGUUUGAGUUCCAGACAGAGAGAGAUGUAGUUGAGCCUCUCUUUUUGCUUGCUGAGGUGGACAUCCCAAACAUCCAGAAACAGAGGAAGCACUUAGCAAAACUGGUCUUGGACAUGGACUCAGCACGGACAAGAUAUCAGCAAUCAUCCAAGUCAUCUAGUCACCCGAGUACGCUGCAGCCUGGCACCAAAUCUGAGUCCCUGAGAGAAGAGAUGGAGGAGACAGCAAAUCGGAUGGAGAUUUGCAGAGAUCAAUUGUCAGCAGAUAUGUACAAUUUUGUGGCCAAAGAAAUAGACUAUGCAAACUACUUUCAGACUCUGAUAGAAAUGCAGGCAGACUAUCACAGGAAGUCAUUAGAAAUUCUUCACAGUAUCCUGCCCCAGAUUAAAGCUCAUCAAGAGGCGUGGGUGGAGAAGCCAUCAUUUGGCAAGUCUCUAGAGGAACACCUGAAUAUUAGUGGGAGAGAGAUCGCUUUUCCCAUCGAGGCCUGUGUCACCAUGCUGUUAGAGUGUGGUAUGCAAGAGGAGGGCCUCUUUAGAGUGGCACCCUCAGCCUCCAAGCUGAAGAAGCUUAAAGCCUCCCUGGACUGUGGAGUUCUGGAUGUGCUAGAGUACUCCUCCGACCCACACGCCAUUGCAGGGGCCCUUAAAUCAUACCUCCGUGAGCUCCCGGAACCCUUGAUGACCACUGAACUUUAUGAAGAAUGGAUUCAGGCCUCUAACAUUCAAGAUAUGGACAAAAGACUACAAGCAUUAAUGACCGUGUGUGAAAAACUCCCUACAGACAACUUGAAUAAUUUCAGAUAUCUCAUCAAAUUUUUAGCAAAACUGAGUGAAUAUCAAGACUCCAAUAAGAUGACCCCUGGUAACAUGGCCAUUGUCCUCGGACCUAACUUGUUGUGGACACACACAGAACCAAACAUGACGGAGAUGAUGACUACUGUGUCCCUACAGAUCGUUGGUAUCAUUGAACCAAUCAUCCAACAUGCUGACUGGUUCUUCCCUGGAGAGAUUGAAUUCAACUUAACAGGCUGCUACGGCAGCCCAAUCCACACCAACCACAACUCAAACUACAGCUCCAUGCCCUCACCAGACAUGGACCAAUCUGAGCGCAAGCAGCCGCAUGACCAGAGCCGACGCCCACUGAGUGUCGCCACCGACAACAUGAUGUUGGAAUUUUACAAGAAAGAUGGCAUUAGGAAGAUACAAAGUAUGGGCGUGCGGGUUAUGGAUACCUCCUGGGUGUCUCGCAAAGGUUCAUCAACGCUGGCACGCAAGACUUCCUCCACCCCUCCAGGCAUGCAAGGGCCUGGCUCUCCUGCAGACACGCUCAUCCCAGAGCAGCCUGGGGAACUCACCAUCUCUCCGUCUGCCACACCACCACUUGGAGACAGGGUUUGCUCAGACAACGUGUCGCCCAAUCGGCCGGAUACCUCUCAUGCCCACCCACCCCCUGGGGAUGACCGGCCACCCCCACCUUACCCCACCUCCUCGUGCCUCUCUGGCCCACACCACUUCUAUCCCAAACCCCCGCCCUGUGCUCGCCCAGUGGCACCAGGUCCUGAGUCCCAGCCUCCUUGCUCACCCCCACCCCCAGUGCGCUGGCCCGGCUUCAAUCCUCCUGCCUUGCCCCCUUCCUCCUCUUCCUCUUCUUCUUCCUCGUCGCUUGACAUCAAUUCAAAUCCUAAACCUAGCUGUCUGCACUUCCCCAAGCACAGCCCGCCUGGUGACAUGUCGCAUGCCCCCCCGCCUGAUAUUAAUGCUUCACCACUUUACAUCAAAACCCCUUUGGUACUAGCCCGCCAUGACCAGAGCCUUGGCAACCCCCCUAGCCUCCCUUCGUCCGCACCCCCGCCCCCACCGUGGACUGCCUGUCCAUGUGCCCGAGAGAGAGGACCCCCCAGGCUGACUAGUUCACUGAAGAGUAAAGAGCUUUCUCCUGUAAUUGGGCACAAAGGCAUCCAGGUGGCAGGGCCAACAGUCCCGCCCAACAGUAGCCCUCAGAGCAGCAGCCAGUCCCCCCACUCCACAGAGCACAGUCCACACACUUUACGCAAAGGUUCCAAGAAGUUGGCCCCUGUGCCUCCCAAGGUCCCUUACGCCCAGUCUGGAGGGAUGUCCGACCAGUCCACAGGUCAGCCAUCACCGGUCAGCCUUUCUCCAACACCUCCAAGCACACCUUCCCCUUAUGGACUGACCUGUCCGCCAGGGCAAGUCCCACCAUCCUCCCCUGGGCAGACUCCACUAGGGGCACCCCACUCCCUUUCGUCACCACCCUCCCUGACGGGAACACUCACCAAGUCACGGCCUGCCCCUAAGCCCAGGCAGAGACCCACCCUGCCCCCUCCCCAGCCGCCCACCGUUCCCCUGGGGCUCUCUGGCCUGGCCACAGGCCCAGUCCCCCAGCCUCUGGAGCAAGGCCUCCUGGACGGACUGUCUCCUGGAGAGAGCAUGUCUACAGAUAUCUUCAAUUAUGAAAUCCCCUCCAUCAAUGUCAAUCUGGACAGCCUCAUCGAUGAGUUCAGCGGUGCCCCCCGCAGGAGGUCCCUGGCAGUGACGGACUCUCCAGAGGGGGAUGCUGUGCCUGAGGAGGAGCCCCAGAGCACCAUCCUAUGACCAAUGACUGAGGCAUCAUUUACCAGCACCCCGGUGGCUAAACAUGCCCUUAACUAUCGCCGCCAAGGUCUGAUGGAAACACCAAGUGGUCCUACCAAUGCCCACCUGAAACCAGAACAUGUACCUUCCGCCACAUCUGCCACAGACUUCAAAAACACUCAUCUUUUACGGCUGCUCGCUAUUACAUUAACGUGACUACAAAACACCAAAAUGCCAUAGUGGAGGAACAGUUGCCUUUAAGAGGAAAGACUGGGAUAUAGAUAAGUAUUACUUAUUUCUUUUGCUUUGUAUAACUGUUGUUUGAUGCAUUGGUCUCUAUUUUUCUGCUUUUUUUAUUUCUUUUUUUGCCUUAUUAGAAAAUGCAAUCAAAUUGCAAUAUGAUAUUGUACAAACCCAGAGCCUGACAUAGUUAAGAGUAAAAGCCCAUCCUCAGGUUGAAACAGAGACAAAGAGUGAGAGCGCAGGUCUGGUUUUAUCACUCACAGGGUAUUCAAGCUUUGUGCAUAUUAGAAACAUGCUGAGCCCUUGAGACGGGCUUUUCAUACUGGAUGAAACAUUUAAUGCAGUUUUUGUUCCUAGUUUCAACCCCCCCCCCCUCCAUUUUUACUUCUCGUCUUCUGCCACAGAAUACAACUAUCAUUCUUUAUCAGGCAUUUACCUUUGUAUAGGUAAGCUCACUUUAACUCACUUUAUACACUACCAGCACAGAAUGAAAAGAAUGUUAUUGUAAAUCAAGCUUUUGUACUUGCCUCCAUUGUUCAGUUUGGGAGAAGAACCACCAUGAUGUUUUUGCAUGACAAGCUGAUACUGUAUCUUUGACCUGUGUCAUAUCAAGGGCCUCAGAAUGACAGUUCAUUAUUUUGUGUGAGUGCUACUGUUCUUCCUUUCUUCUUUUUCCCCCCUGAGAUUAAAUUUAGACCCCAUGCCUGUCACGCUGUUACAGCUUUCUGAUAAUGGAUGGAUGACUACACAGACUUUUGGUUCGCGCAAAUAUAUCACUCUUAACUUUGUUUGAAGUGCUUCAGGUUCAGGUUUGAGUGUAAAUACAGACUGUACAUAAACUGAUGUGUAUAAAGCUGAGGGGAAAAGUAUAUGUGAAAUAUCUGGAAAAUAUAAUAAUAAUUAUAAUAUAUGUGCUGAUAUUUAUUGUGUAGGAAAUGUAAUGAUUCAAAAAUUGAUGUUAUUUUUGUCCCUGCACACAAUGAACAGGUGUACUGUAGACUUAUAAUUUUUUACUGUAACACCAGGUAAAAAUGAUGCUUCAGCCGAAAUGCAAAAUGUUCUUUCUGCUACAAAUCAGCUGAGGUAUUCUUAUUCUAUCUCACAAGUUUUUUAGUUUUAGCACGCUAAAGGUCUUGCACACUGAUGCCCUUUGUUUUUAGCUCUUUUAGAUAAACCUGUUUUGUUUUGUUUUUUUAAUCGUGGAUAAUAAUAGCCCACUCUUCCCCUCGUGUACCAUUCUAAGCCUAUAUUUUUGGACUGACUAUUUGCUUAGUUAAAUGGCAUCAUACAUUUUGGCAUACAUCUAGAUUUGAAGAUAUUUGCAUCAAGUGUUGUUAUUCUCACCCCAGAAAAAAUAAUUGGGGGUAUUUUCAGAUGCCAGAUGCUGCAGUGUCACUUUUUUAUUAAACGCAAAAUAUGUGUUAGGACGGUAAUUUUAUCAGUUGAAGUGCAAUUACAGUGUUCACUGAUCCACCUCAGUCUAAAAAAAGGGGUCAGUCACCCUUUCUGAACCUUCAGAAAAAUAGCCAUUAAUUUCAUUACAAAGCAGUCUUUCUAAGUUUGUUGAGUUAUUGCUAAAUUUUUAUUUUUUAUUUGUUUGUUUGUUUUUUAUUGUGUGAAUUCAGUGGCAAAAUGAACUCUAGGUUAAUCUCUCUAAAAGGGAUCUAUGGUAUGCAUCGGUGUGUGUUCUCUAUGGCUUAUGUUUAUGGAGAUUUUGGUGAUGUGGAUUAUAUUGAUAGUUGUGGUAAAUAUAUGACAACAUUUGCAAGUGCCCUCACUCUGGUUGUUAUUUUGGAGCUAUAGGCAUAAUUAUUAUGUGCUAGAGGAUUUAUUUUCUGUGCUGGAUCCAUACAUUUGUACAAGGAGGCAGGUGUAUCUCUGAAUGUGACCCAACAGAUUUCCAACGGUAGGCUACCUGAAUAUGUAAGAACGAACAGGGUAAAUGAGAAUUUAAAUGAAGUCAGUUGGGGUCUGUUGGCAUGUAUUAUUACUGAAACAUGGCAGUAUUACCCUAAUCCUUUAUGCAUCAUAACUGGAGCUUACAGCCACCUGGAAGCAUGCGUUCAUAUUCAUCAUAAGUCUGGUUACUAUUAAGCUGCUAAAACUAUCUGUACCCUCCCCAAAAAUCUGAGUCUUGAUUCCAUUGCAUAUCUCAUUUCAUGAUAAUUUAAGAGUAAUUUUUAAUGAUGUAUUCAUAAGCACUAGGGUGAAAAGAUUAGUCAUGCAGAAGGGACUGAGGUGAGGUGAGCUGCUGCUCCUCCACGUCGAGAGGAGACAGGUUCCUGGUUAGGAUGCCUCUCAGGCACGUCCAGCCGGGGGACAGAGGCAGACCAGGACCUGCCAGAGAUUGCACAUCUCGGCUGGCCUGGGAGCCCCAUUGGUGUCUUACUGUAAGAGCUAGAGGGGGUUGUUGGGGAGAGGUUACCCGAACCCAGACAAGCAGAAGCUAAUGGAUGAGUGCAUAUUCCACGUGUAAUCUUUAGCACCAAAUGCUACACUCAUACAGUUUCAGCAAGCUCUUUUCAACAACUAUAGGCCUCUUUCCUAAUUCAUAUGAUCACCAAAAAUGUCGCUCCAGUUAGUUUACAUUUUUUGUGU